UGGUUUGGCCUUUUAAGGAAAGGGUAUUUUUGUCAUUUCACAUCAUUUUAACAGAGAAAACAAACUGAAGUUAGACCCAGGGACUAUCCGAGAACAAAACGUGAAAACUUGGGGACUAUUCAAGUAGUUUUAGAAAGAUAGGGACUAUAGGUAAAAAAAGAUGAAACCACAGGGACUAUCCGGGCAUUUUUCUCCAAUAAAAAUAUGAAACUUUCCAAGACUAAAAUUCUAGUAAUUCGAUAGCUAACAAUAUUGAACAAACUUGCAAUUUUAUAUUACAUCAAUUCAUGAGUUUCCGAUGCAUGUUGCUAGUAAAAAAAGUUGUACAAUAGAAAAAUACUCUCUUAUGACUUUUAUAAAGUAAUCAUGGAACUUGGUUACAAAGAAAAUCUGUCUGUUAAUGUUCUGGACUCUGGAACAUUUCAAGUUCCCACUAAAAUGGAUAAAAGUCAAUAUCCAAUACCAGUAACGGAACUUUUGUCUUUCUUUCUUUCUAUUCACGCCCCCUGAUCUCUGUGUCGUCUAUAUAUACCCCUCACGCACCCCACAACAUUCACUUCCAAAUUUUACAUUUCUCCACACACACCAAAACUGAAAUUUCUCCUUUUAAAUAGUACCAACAUCCAUUCUUUUCAGUCCCAUACAGUAUCAUACAACUUCUUGUUUAAAUUUCUACAUCCAAAUAUGAAGAAAUUUGGCUUUUCUCCUAAGCGUUCUUCGUCUUCUUUCAUUGCUCAUUAUCCUUCCCCUUCACGUUUCGCCUUACCGGCUCCCACAAGAAGUUUAUCAGACUCGGUUAUGGUCCAGACGCUCGGGCUCGCAGAGCCCGUCAUCGUCAAAUGGGAUCCCGAAUCCUCCACGUACGCUAAAGUCACCUCGUUGUUCUACGAAAAUCGUACGGAGGCUUUCGAGUUUAUCAAGAUUGUAAACAAGCUUCAUAAAGCCAUGCAUUCAUUAGCUGCUGAGAAUUCUAACUCAGAGUUGCUGAUCAGAGCUCAGCAUCUCAUGCAAAUCGCCAUGAAGCGGCUGGAGAAAGAGUUUUAUCAAAUUCUUUCAUUGAAUCGAGCACAGUUAGACCCGGAAUCCGUCUCAACUCGAUCGUCUAGGACUUCGCCUAGAUCGAGUUUGAGUUUAACGGAAUUAUUUGAUGAGUCUGAUGAUGAGGUACGCGUUGCUGGCGAAUUGAUUACCGAAGUUGAAAAUGCUGCUGAAGGAGUCAUGAAGGAUCUGAAAACCAUAGCAGAUUGUAUGAUUUCAUCUGGCUAUGGUCUAGAAUGUGUGAAUAUAUAUAAAGUAAUUCGUAAAUCGAUAGUUGAUGAAGGUAUAUACAAGCUGGGCAUACAGAAGCUGAAACCUACUCAUGUCCAUAAAAUGGAUUUUGAGGUUUUAGAUGUCAAAAUCCAAAGCUGGUUGGACGCGCUAAAAAUUGUCGUGAAAACGUUGUUUCACGGUGAAAGAGUUCUAUGCGAUCAAGUUUUCGCAUCGUCUGAUUCGAUUCGUGAAGCUUGCUAUACCGAUAUUACAAAAGAAGGCGCUUUGAUAUUGUUUGGGUUUCCAGAAAUCGUAGCCAAAAACAGCAAGAAAGCACCGGAAAGAAUCUUCCGGAUGCUCGAUAUGUAUACCGCAAUAGCUGACCGAUGGCCAGAUAUCGUUUUUCUUUUCUCGUUUCAGUCGACGUCUGUUGUGGUUAACCAAGCGGUUAACGCGUUGGUAAAACUCGGUGAGACAGUGCGACUAGAUCUCACCGAGUACGAAGCGUUACUCAACAAAGAAUCGUUGAAAACAACCGUCGCUGGCGCAGGAGUUCACAAAGUUACAUUCGAUACGAUGAACUACCUUUCUCUCCUCGGAAACUAUGGCGUAUUAGCCGACAUCCUGUUGGAUAACCCACCACCCGAAAAGGUUCAAAUGCCGGAAACUUUUAUCGACAGAUCAUUCACAGAAGAUUCUCCAGCACCCGCGUUAUCGUUAUGGUUAACAUGGUUCAUUUUCGUUCUCGUUUGUAAACUCGACGCAAAAGCGAAGCACUACAAAGACGUCUCUCAAGCGUACCUGUUCCUCGCUAACAACCUCCAACACAUAAUCUCGACGGUCCGGUCAUCGAAUCUCCGGUAUCUUCUAGGCGACGACUGGAUCAACAAACGAAAAUCGGAAGUACAAAAGUUCGCAGCCAACUACGAACGGGUCGCGUGGGGCCAAGUAAUCGACAGUGUUCCUAAAAACAUGUCGGCUAUGACUAUGACGGCUGAAAAUGCACGAGACUGUUUCAAGAAAAUAAACACGUUAUUUGAUGAGACUCAUCGUAAACAGUUAGUCGUUGAAAUACCUAACAGUAAGCUACGUGACGAGAUUAAAGUGUCGGUUGCGAGAAAACUGUUGCCAGCGUAUACGGAAUUUUACAAUGCGUGGAGAGUUGAGAUGGGAAAAAAUAGAAAGUAUGCUGGUGUUGUGAAGUACGCGCCUGAGGAUAUUGGGAACGCGCUUUCUGAUUUGUUCUUCGGUUCUGGGAGCGCGUCGGCGUCAAUGUCGUCGUCGUUAUCAGAAUCAAGAACGUCGCUUUCGCGGUGAACGGAGUCGCCGUCAAGCUUUAAUUUUGGAAAAGCGAUUUCGCAUCACCUUCGAUAGGAAGAUUGUUUGUGUAAAUUUAUUCGGAUCAAUCCUUUCAGGAAAAAAGCUGUUGAGAUUAUAUUUAAGUGUUAAAUUUUUAUUUGUUUA